CCAUGAUGCACUGCGUGUCAGUCACGUGUUCCACGCGCUGCGCUUCUCCGUGUUUAUCCGGGUCAGGACUGUCACCGUGUCUCUGUCAUUACUUCCGUACUGAUUACCGGAGACUUUCUCCGCUCUCGACAUCUCCCGCUACCCGCGCGGCUGGAGCUCGGGACCGUGAAAGUCGCGCGCGAUGUUAUUAUCCGCCGUGCCGAAGCGUUUGCUCAUGCGCAGAUCACGCAGCCUGUCACCCUGUCGCGCGCUCCAUACUGAGCCCGGUGAGUUAUCCGCGCGCCGCCACAAUGCUCGCGAGCUUGAAACGGAUGUGGAAAACAGUCCGGCGGUUUCCGCGUCCCGGAAGUGGAGGUUACUGAGGGAGCGCGAGGACGCGUGGAGCAGCAGCAGCAGUAACUUUCACGCGCAGUAUCGCCAACUGGCCAGUAGGUGGCGCACGAGCCUGGAGAGUCGGAGAAGCUCGUGGGCGGCGCUGGUCACCGCGGGGACUGACCGGGAGGAGAGCGGGGGGCAGAACACCGGGGCCGGGGGGCGGAGAGGAGCAGCUUCAGCAGGAGCUCUGUCCACCGCCGCCCUGGCCUUCUGCUUCAACAGAGACAACAAGAAGAGCGGUGAAGCUCUUCUGGAUGCAGCCAGAUCCAACAACGCCGAGGAGGUGAAAAGGAUGCUGGCAGAUGGAGUUGAUCCAAACACUCGUCACCGUCUUGGCUGGACCGCACUCAUGGUCGCCUCCAUGAACAGACAGCACAAUGUGGUGAAGGUUCUGUUGGAGUCUGGUGCUGAUCCAAACCUCGGAGAUGACUUUAGCAAUGUUUAUGGAACCGCACGGGAUAAAGGCAUACACUCACUGGAGGUGUUGGUGAUGAGGGAGGAUGAGUUCAGUAAUCGUCUCAGCACUCGAGCCAGUUUCCGUGGUUGCACCCCACUUCAUUACGCUGUACUCGCUGAUGACCUCCGGACUGUGCGCAUGCUCCUUGAGGCAGGUGCGAGCCCCCUGCAGGUGAAUGAGCUGGGACACACGCCGCUGUCCUACGCUAAGGAGGGAGAAAUGCACACACUGUUGAAGGAGUAUGAAGGAAAGUUUAUGGAAGAACAGAAGAAGAGGGAGGUGGAGGAGAGAAGGAGGUUUCCUCUGGAGCACAGACUAAAGGAGCACAUCAUUGGCCAGGAGGGGGCCAUCGCUACUGUUGCCUCAGCAAUCAGGAGGAAGGAGAAUGGCUGGUAUGAUGAAGAACAUCCGCUAGUUUUCCUCUUCCUCGGCUCUUCAGGAAUUGGGAAAACGGAGUUGGCUAAGCAGGUGGCUCGUUACACUCUCAAAGACCUCAAAAAGGGUUUCAUCAGACUGGACAUGUCUGAGUUCCAGGAGAAGCAUGAGGUAGCUAAAUUUAUCGGUUCUCCGCCGGGGUACGUGGGUCAUGAGGAAGGAGGUCAGCUCACUAAACAGCUGAAGCAGUGUCCGAAUGCCGUGGUGCUCUUCGAUGAAGUGGAUAAAGCACAUCCUGAUGUCCUCACCAUCAUGCUGCAACUCUUCGACGAGGGACGUCUGACGGAUGGGAAAGGGAAGACCAUUGAAUGCAAAGAUGCCAUUUUCAUCAUGACCUCCAAUGUGGCGAGUGAUGAAAUUGCCCAGCAUGCACUGCAGCUCAGACAGGAAGCUCAGGAGCAGAGUCGCUGCCGUCUGGCAGGCAGUCUGGAUGAAGUUCAGCAGAGUGAGAAGAUCACCAUCUCUAAGAAGUUUAAAGAGGAAGUGAUUCGGCCCAUCCUGAAGGCCCAGUUCAGACGUGAUGAAUUUCUGGGACGGAUUAAUGAAAUCGUUUACUUUCUGCCUUUUUGCCACUCCGAGCUCAUUCAGCUUGUCAACAAGGAGCUCAACUACUGGGCCAAAAAGGCCAAACAGAGACAUGACAUCACCCUGCUGUGGGAGCGAGCUGUGCUUGAGCUGCUGAUUCGAGGAUACAACCUCCACUAUGGCGCUCGCUCCAUCAAACACGAGGUGGAGCGUUGUGUGGUGAACCAAAUAGCUGCAGCAUAUGAGCAGGAGCUCCUCCCUAAAGGCUGUACGCUCCGCCUCAGUGUGGAUGGAGAACUGGGAGACGAGGAGGAGGGACGAGCAAGUCCUUCGCUCCGCUUGGAGCUAGUGGAUAAAGACAGCAAAACACAAAAGCUGGAAAUCAGUCCACCACUAAACCCAGAGCAGGUUUCAUCUGCACGUUAACUUCCUGCUUAUCUCCUGAGCGAUUCUGCUGUAAUGUCUUUAUUUCUGGUGAAGAAACUUGUCAUGGUGGACACACCAACACACUAGACAUUAAAAACACUGCUUCUGUUCAGAAGGUCAGAAAUCUCAUAUUUUUUUCAAAAAUGAGUAAAUUCUAUAUACUGAUUUUUUUGGGCUGUUGCUCAGAAAGUUGAAAGUUUAAAUCUCAACACAGCUGAUUGGUACUUAACCAUCAUCUGUCAUUCUGGACAGCCACAGACCAAAUAAAUAAAAAUGCAAAUAUUAUUUAAGAAUAAAAUAUUUACAACAGAAAACUCAUAUUUGUGAAAAGUUGUCAGUUAGUAAAAACACAAUUUUGACUUUAUUUUAAUCUAUAUUUUUCAUAACUGUUGAUGUAAACAGGUCCACAGUUCUAUCAUGAUGUGGUGAAGUGAGCGAUGUCAUGAUAGCAGUCAGUUGACAGUUACAUCAUCACAACCUUACAUAAAACUCUAUAAAACAAGCUUUACUGCUAAAUCAAACGCAUUUCUACAUCACACCUCAGGUACUGAGUUUACUCGAGAAAUAAAAUCAUUUUUCAGAUAAAUAAUAAAAACUAUCUUACAUUAUUUUCAUACAUCAGUCUGUAACACAAUAUUCACAAUAGUGUGUGUGCACGCAUGCAUGCAAGUAUUCCUAAUAAAGUGGCCACUGAGUUGAAGUUGAUUUGA